UGGUAGAUUUAUGGCUUUGAUUUUGAAAAGGUAUGGGAAUGCCCAGUGAUGUUUUCCCCCGUACUCCUUUUGAAUGUUAAUGCUUUCUUGAAGAUGAUUUCAGACACACUGCUAGGAUACUGCCUCUACUCACUGAAGCAGAAUCCUCUGAAGAGUUGCUGAGGCAGAACUGAAAUCAUGGCUCGCCUCAAAGAAGCAGCUGUAUUGGCCGCUAAUGAUGCCUCACACAGAAAGACGAUGCUCCUUUAACUCGGGGUUUUAAUGGGAAGUUUCUAAGCCUGAAACGACAGCUUUGGAUCUGGGGUGUGCCAUCAGCUGCUCGCAGCUACCACUCUCUUCUGCUUUAACACGGCUUGGUCAGGAAGAAUGGAAACUAAAGAGGCUUCUAACUACCUGUAACUGUUCCACCAGGAAAUGGAUCAAGUGUUUGUUCAGCCAGAUUCAGGUUUUCUUGGUCUAGUAUUAAAAUUGGACUUUAUUUCCUGAGCACACACAAAUGGACCUGGCAAAGGGAAGACGCAGAUGUAUUGCGUGAUGGGCAAAGCCAGUCAGGAUUAAAAUACUGCCACACCCGCAGCCUUGCCAGGGUGCAGCCACCAUGAUCUCAGCACCCCGAUGAUGGAAGAAAAGGGAACCAGGAGAUCCUGUGCUCUUCCUUCCCUGGACAAUGGAUGGAGGGCAGCCCAUCCCCUCAUCCCUAGUGCCCCUUGGGAAUGUGUCAUCAGAAUCUAGCAUGUCUCUGGAGCAGAAAACAACAUUUGUUUUUGUGAUUUUGUUGUUUAUUUUCUUGGGCAUCCUCAUCGUCAGAUGCUUCCGGAUUCUUCUGGACCCAUAUCGGAGCAUGCCGACCUCGACCUGGGCUGAUGGGCUUGAAGGCCUGGAGAAAGGGCAGUUUGACCAUGCCCUUGCUUAGCAGGGAAAGAGCAAGAUCUUCUCCUGUGAAGAGGAGGCAAAGUGCUUCAUGUCUGGGCAAAGAUUCCCGUUAGCCAAUGUUCUGAACAAAUUUUAACAUCUUGUUCUAGGACCACCACUCAUUAUUCCAGAAGCAUGCAGCGGAGUUAGUAAUGUCUUAUUUGAAGAUACUGAAAAUGAAAGUUUGUGUUAAUAACUAAAAUUAGGAAUGUCUAAAUAUCUGUGUUUUGCUCAAUGAAUGUAUAUUAUUGAAUGUGAUUGUGAAACCAAGGGCACCAAUACUGACAGACUGCUAUGUAAUGAAGUCCUAUUGAGCUGAUCAGAGAGUAGAACUAGAAAGGAUCUGUUUGGAACCUGGUGCCAGGGCCAGGAGGAGACUGCCUUGCUCUAAUCAUGCCUCUGAGUCUGUCUUAUUUCAUGGGCAUCUGGAUCUUGUGCAGAGUAAGGAAGACUGUGCUGAGAGGACCCCAGUUGGGUACUUGUUUCCACCUACAGUAGAGCACAGGGAAGCCAUGAGGUGCCCAGAAGAGAUGGUUCUGUCCUUGUGGAAUAUGAGUGAGAAUGAUAUCACCUUAUUUUUAAAAUAAAACUGAAUUCAGAAGCUAUAGAGUUUCAAAAAAAUAUUUACCAAAGUACAUUCUCUGUAUUCAUAUUAAUAACAUGUGAAGCUAUACAUAACUUGAAUUUUCUUUCUUUACACUAAUGAUUGAAAUAAUAGGUUGCAAGUGCUGCUUCAAGACUUUUUUUCCCCAUUAAUUAAAAGCUAAUUAUUUAGAGGAAAAGAUUUUUACAGCUGUAAGAGGAAUGUGUAUUUAUGAUUGCAUAUUAGCCACCAAAUAAAACUUUUCAAGAAACAGCAUGGUCUCUUUGCACUUCACCAAGACUAACACAUGGGGUGGCACCCUGUGCUGAAUGCUGAGGACUUAACAUUUUUCUGAGAAAGGAAAAAGAAUGAAGAACAUGAGAGGCCCUGUAAUUCAACCCCUCUCCCAUUUUGUCAAGGGCUCCCACAAAUUGUCCUGGAUGGGUAAAACCUGUUCUAAGUACUGUUUAAAUGCACUAAAAAAGGAGAUUUGACACCUUGAAUUUUUGUUGGUAGAAAAAGUUUGUAUUUGAACUAAACCCCUUAGGCUACAUUUAUAAUUCAUCCUUUAAUUUUCUCCUCAGUUAAUUAUCUUUAUUUUUUAAUUUUAAAAAACUUUAAAAAGCUUACUAUGCCCCCAAAAGCCACCCUUACCUGGUGUGGUGGUGCAUACCUGUAAUCCCAGUGAGUUGGGAGACUGAGGCAGGAGGAUCAUGAGUUCAAAGCCAGCCUCAGCAAUUUAGGAAGGUCCUAAACUGUAGACCCUGU